GGCUCCUCAUAAUAUGCAUGACCUUCUCUGGUGCUGCUUAUAGUCUGAGAUCGUUUCUCUCUAGCAACUGCGAUGAUAUCUCCCCAACUUCAAAGGUAUAAGAACGCGUUCCUCUGAUUUACAAGUUACCUACACCAGCAAUGGCUUUGAUCAAGAGUGUUCUUCUCAUCUCCUCUUCCCUUUCAGUUAGCGCUUGCCUCACACCUCCCAGUGUACCAAAUGAUGGGGAACGAGUCAAAGUGGGUCUGUUGGAGAAGAUCGGAAUCAACAUUGCACCUGCUCUAGGAAAGUCGAUGCUCAUCCUUAUAGCAUCAGCCGAAACUGCCACCAUUCUCGCCGCGCGGUACCCUUCUCUCUUCCCCGGAGGCACAGUCUCAGCCCUCGUGCGCGGCUCAACCCUCCCUUCGCUCCAGCCAGACGCAGUGUUCACCACUGGAGCACUCCUCGCAAUCGCAGGCAGUCAGCUUCGUCUGCUCUGCUUCCGCGUGCUCGGACGACACUUCACCUUCGAGCUCAGCGUGCGCAAGGACCACUCGCUCAUUACCUUGGGCCCGUACUCUGUCGUGCGUCACCCGAGCUACGCCGGCUGGCUGAUAGCGAUGGGAGGCAUUAUGGCCGCGUACUUCAGCCCUGGCUCGUGGCUCCGCACGUCAGGCUGGCUCGAUACCACAACAGGUCGUGUGUUGCUGGGAUUGUGGACUGUAAUGGCGGGAUACGGGACAGUGUCCAGUCUCGUGCGACCUGUGAUUGAGGAUCGGUUCUUGCGCGAGCAUUUUCGAGAGGAGUGGGAUCGAUAUGCUCAGAGGGUGAAGUGGAGGCUGGUCCCUGGUAUUUUCUAGAUAUCAUUGAACAAUCCGGCAAAGUUUUUGCCUUUAUAUCUGUCGCAUGUCUCAUAACUCUAUGGCGCUGUGUGGCUACCCUGGCAUCGAUUCGAAUAGACAUACUGGCGGUGUGGACUAUUUAUUUUACCAUUAACCAUUCACGUUAUUGCUCAAGGGGAGGAUAACUCAAACGAACUACCUAUCCUAUGAAGCCGCUUCCGCAAUCUCAUCCACAAACUUGACAAUCUCCCCCGGAAAAGUAAUGAACGGUGUAUGACCGCUCUUGAGUGUCUUCUCCACCACGACGACUCCACUUUUGACGAGGACAUCUCGCACACCAGUUUUCUGGCAAUGCUCGUACGGCCAAGCAUUGUCAUCCGUGCAGAGCACGUACGUCACGGGGUAAUGCCUGUACGCAGCGUACGUAGUCGGAUCGGUGGCUGGUUUGACGGAGCCGCGAGCCAGCUUCUGAACGUACUGGCCCCACUCGCGCUCGUCUUCGGGCACGUCAUUG